AUAUAUAUCUGCUAAGUUCCCAACACUUGCCAUGUGAGUGACCCUCUUUCUCUUUCUCUGCCAACCUGCACACUCUUCACUCGAUCAAACAGAAAAUGGCAAAGAAUGUGGGGAUCCUUGCCAUUGACAUCUACUUCCCUCCCGCUUGCGUUCAGCAGGAAGCAUUGGAGACUCAUGAUGGUGCCAGUAAAGGGAAGUAUACCAUUGGUCUUGGACAAGAUUGCAUGUCAUUCUGUACCGAAGUAGAAGAUGUCAUCUCAAUGAGUUUGACAGUGGUUACUUCUCUUCUUGAGAAAUAUGAGAUUGAUCCUAAGCUAGUUGGUCGUCUGGAAGUUGGAAGCGAGACUGUGAUAGACAAAAGCAAAUCCAUCAAGACAUUCCUGAUGCAGAUCUUCGAGAAAUAUGGAAAUACUGACAUUGAGGGUGUUGAUUCAACUAAUGCAUGCUAUGGAGGAACUGCUGCUCUGUUUAAUUGUGUCAAUUGGGUGGAGAGCAAUUCAUGGGAUGGACGCUAUGGACUUGUUGUCUGCACUGACAGUGCAGUUUAUGCUGAAGGGCCUGCUCGACCUACUGGAGGAGCUGCUGCUAUUGCCAUGCUAAUUGGUCCUGAUGCUCCCAUUUCUUUUGAAAGCAAAUUGAGAGGAAGUCAUAUGUCUCAUGUUUAUGAUUUUUACAAGCCUAAUCUUGCCAGUGAAUAUCCAGUUGUUGAUGGAAAGCUUUCACAAACUUGUUACCUCAUGGCUGUUGAUUCUUGCUAUAAGAAUUUCUGUCACAAGUAUGAGAAAUUCGAGGGAAAACAAUUUUCUCUUUCUGAUGCUGAAUACUUUGUAUUUCACUCUCCUUAUAACAAGCUUGUACAGAAGAGUUUUGCUCGGUUGGUUUUCAAUGACUUCUUAAUGAAUUCCAGCUCUGUAGAUGAGGUUGCCAAAGAAAAACUGGGACCUUUUGCAACUUUAUCUGGUGAUGAGAGCUACCAAAGUCGGGAUCUUGAAAAGGCAUCCCAGCAAGUAGCAAAGCCUCUAUAUGAUCAGAAGGUACAACCAACUACUCUGAUUCCAAAGCAAGUUGGAAACAUGUACACGGCGUCUCUUUAUGCAGCAUUUGCCUCCCUUAUUCACAACAAAAAUAGCACAUUGGCAGGUAAGAGGGUGAUAUUAUUCUCAUACGGUAGUGGCUUAACUGCCACCAUGUUUUCGUUGCAAUUACGAGACAGUCAACAUCCGUUUAGCUUGUCAAACAUUGCUAGAGUGAUGGAUGUCGAUGGAAAAUUGAAGUCAAGACAUGAGUUUCCCCCAGAGGAGUUUGUUGAAAACCUGAAGCUAAUGGAGCAUAGGUAUGGUGGAAAGGAAUUUGUGACAAGCAAGGACACUAGCCUUUUAUCUCCAGGCACAUUCUACCUCACUGAAGUUGACUCCAUGUAUCGGAGAUUCUAUUCAAAGAAAACUAAAGAGAGCAGUUUGACUCCCGCUGAGAACGGUGUGAUUGCUAAUGGCGUUGCUAAUGGCAUUGUUAAUGGCCACUGAUGUUGAGCAUGUACAAUCAGCUGUCAACUUCGCCUAGAAUGAAGGGUAUUGUUAUUUGUGAUAGUUCUGUAGGUAAAUUGUUUCUGGGUGAUAAGUAUUCUCGGUUCAAAUAUUUUAUUGUACUCUUUUAAGAUGUAGCUAGUUACUCGAGUCCAAAUUUUAUCUUUUUCUGUUUUUUUUUUUUUUUUUUUUUUUGCAUUUUAGUGAAUGGAAAUUAGUCUUUGAAUAAAAAAAGAAGUUGCAAUAGCUUUUAUUCAGGCCGGUUAUUAUAUGUAUGAAUCACAUGAUGUGGUUGGACUCAAUUAAAAAUCAAAUUUUUAGGAUUAUUUAUCAUAAAA